UAGAUAGAUAGAUAGAUAGACAGAUUUUCUGUUAAAAUCACUACUUCAGUAAACACCUUCAUAUAUACUAUUAAGCCACCAGGCUUGUUACAGCAUCAUUACCUAAUCUGAUUUACAUGUUAUUACCACAUUUUCUCCUCACCUAAAUUAAGAAAAAUGAGAGAGGACGCAAGAAAGAAAGAAAAAAAAAAGAUAUGAAAGGCAAGUCCAGGAAACAGAAAACCCAUCUCUCUUACAAAUUUUCUGAGCUUAUUUUGGACACACAUUGGAAUGAUGCCCUUUGUUUGAAACCAGGGACGACCCAUUUCCUAACUCUGAUUUCUUUGGAGCCCUUUUUCUGUAGCCCAGGGAGGGGUGAACAUGAAGCAGCAAGCCAGGUAUAUUCCAGAGGCAGGGUCUCAGCAGGGUGUCCGUCAGCCACAAUAGGUCACUAGGGGGAUUAAAAAAAACCCUCUGCUUCCCUGAGCAAACUCUCCCAGGUGAAUACACUAGUUUUCAGAGUGUGUUGGCAAUGGUAGAAAUGAUGGGAACAGAGUGAUCUGACAGGAUACUAGAAUUCUGAAAUUAUUGUAGACAUUGAUUUGCUGCAAGAUGUAAAGAAAAACAUUUCUUUUCCGAAUCACACCACCAUUGUUUUAGAAAUUAUCUUGCCAUCAUAGAAAAGGAGAGAGAAGUGGUUAUGCUCAUAGGCUUUGGAGCCUUAAAUACUGAAAUCAUAUCUCAGCUGAGUAUUACCUUCAGUGAGUUACAUAAGCUUCCGUUUUCUGAUCUGGAAAAUGGCCACAAUGAAUGAUGAUACCUAAUACAUGAAAUAAGCCUGAAAAAUGCUUGGUACAUGUUAAAAGCUAAAUAAAUAUUAGUUUCGUUUGUGUCUGUGUUUGAUAUUGGAGGAGAGAUGAGUUUGGUUUGGGGCAUUUUGAAUUGGACAUGCUGUUGAAAUAGCAAAAUAGAGACAAUAGCAAGAGCAGAGGGAAACAUUUGUGGUCAUACACUGCUCGUGGGGGUGUUAACUAAACAUAGGGACAUAGUCUCUUUGUUAUACAAUUGGCAGUAUGUUUUGAGAACUAAAAGUGUUUUCAUUAGUCAGGAUGCAAAGUGUAUAAAAGGGACCUCAAAAUACAACAGCUUAAACUAAGUCAAAAUUUAUUUCAAUCUCAUUUAACAUCCAGUAGGCAGGCAGUCCAGGGCUCCGCCACCCAGAGCUGGCUUUAUGAGGGUUUGUCUUGUGCAGUCACACAGAGCCCCACAAUCAGAAGGGCCCAAUGUGUAGCCUGAUACUCUGCGGCUGCCAUCUCGAAAUUCUUCAUAAUUUCAUCUUUGAAUUUGUAUUUUGUAAGUCAAAUCCAACGGGACAAUGAAGCGUGCACAUAAACAGAGGAAUACACAGUAGGUGCAUCUGUCCUUUCUUCGUGUGACACCUGUCAUUCACAGUAGGUAUAUCGUGUCAUGCCACCAUGUUUGAAUGUAGUAACAGCAAUGCUCUCUGACCACAGAAUCCCAGUGGACCCACGAUGCAUGGGAGUUCGGAGAGAAUCCAAGAAAAUGUUCAAGAUGUAAUGGAACACAAAAAAGCAGAAUGCAAAACCCUACAUAUAAUGCAAUUUAGUGGCACUUUUUCAACUAUGGGGGUAGUGUCUGGGUUUAUCCAGGGAUCAAAAGGACAAGACUACAGGCCUCACAGGAUGAAACAUUUAAGAUAUAUAUAUCCACUGAAAAAAAAUUAUUAAGUACCCUUAAGACGGCAGUCUUCAAGCUGGGAGUGGUGGCCUGAGCCUGUAGUCCUAGCUACUCCAGAGCCUGAUGCAAGAGGAUCACUCAGGAUCACUCCUGAGCCCAGGAGUUUGGGGCUGUAGUGCACAAUGACUGUGUCUGUGAAUAGCCACUGCACUCCAACCUGAGCAACAUAGCAAGCCCCCAUCUCUAAAAAAAAAAGAAAAAACAACAACAAACAAAAACAAAAACAAAAAAACCUGCAUUCUUCUCAAAAAUAAUUUUGAGAGACUAUAUACACUUUUGCAUUUUAAAUGAGUAUCUAUGUUUCAUUAUAAAUGUAAAUAAUUCCAAAGGAUGGCAUAUCCAGUGUGUUUUAACACUGGUGACCCUUUUAAGUACAAAUCAUGGAAUUUUAAAAAAGAUAAUGAUUAAAUACCCAUUAAAGAAAAUUACAUGUUAAAGUUCAGAACAUUUACAUUAUUCGGUUCCAUAUCCCUCACAGAACUUUAUGUAAAUGUAAUAUAUUUUUAGGCUUGGAAGUUUUAUUGAUAACCAUAUCAUACUUCUCUGCAACAAACUAAAAAUUUCCUGGGUUUUCUAUAACCUUAGAGGUCCAAUACUGCACUGUGCAACACUCUUGCCACUAGCAACGCGUGGCUAGUAAGCACUUGAAAUGAGAUUAGAGUGACUACGGUACUACAUUUUUAAUUAUAUUUAAAUUUUAAAAUUAAAAUGAUUUUCUAAUUUUCUCCAUAGAGAUCUUACCUAUUUGCUAGGUUUAUUUAUAAAUAUUUUAUGCUGUUUGAUGAUGUUGGAAAUGAUUUUUAUAAAGAUGCAUUUUCCGUUUGUCGUUGGAGAUAUUUAUAUAUGUCUGAGCACUCGUUCUUUGCCUGGUAAUAUGUUGCUUUAAUACGCUAAGGUGACACAUUUUAUUGUACUUGUAAGGUUAGUUCAGCAGACUGUGCUGUUGCCCAGAAUUAUGGUUACUUACGAACUAUACCUUUUAGUAAGCUGCCUGGAGACAUAUGGUUUUUAUGUUGCUAUUUCUCUUUUCUGGAACAUCCGUCUGGGAUUUGCACAGGACAAUUGUGCUUGCUCUUGGAAGGUCACAUGGAUUUGACUGUGGCUCUGCUCACUGAUGCGCAGCAAGUGUUGGCUCCCACCGCCGCCAGAAUCCAACUCACUGGACACCGCUGCCUCUUCGGCCACCAGACCUGUCACCAUGGCCCACCGAUUUCCAGCCCUCACCCAGGAGCAGAAGAAGGAGCUCUCAGAAAUUGCCCAGAGCAUUGUUGCCAAUGGAAAGGGGAUCCUGGCUGCAGAUGAAUCUGUAGGUACCAUGGGGAACCGCCUGCAGAGGAUCAAGGUGGAAAACACGGAAGAGAAUCGCCGGCAGUUCCGAGAAAUCCUCUUCUCUGUGGACAGUUCCAUCAACCAGAGCAUCGGGGGUGUGAUCCUUUUCCACGAGACCCUCUACCAGAAGGACAGCCAGGGAAAGCUGUUCAGAAACAUCCUCAAGGAAAAGGGGAUCGUGGUGGGAAUCAAGUUAGACCAAGGAGGUGCUCCUCUUGCAGGGACAAACAAAGAAACCACCAUUCAAGGGCUUGAUGGCCUCUCAGAGCGCUGUGCUCAGUACAAGAAAGAUGGUGUUGACUUUGGGAAGUGGCGUGCUGUGCUGAGGAUUGCCGACCAGUGUCCAUCCAGCCUUGCUAUCCAGGAAAAUGCCAAUGCCCUGGCUCGCUACGCCAGCAUCUGUCAGCAGAAUGGACUGGUACCUAUUGUUGAACCAGAGGUAAUUCCUGAUGGAGACCAUGACCUGGAACACUGCCAGUAUGUUACUGAGAAGGUCCUGGCUGCUGUCUACAAGGCCCUGAAUGACCAUCAUGUUUAUCUGGAGGGCACCCUGCUAAAGCCCAACAUGGUGACUGCUGGACAUGCCUGCACCAAGAAGUAUACUCCAGAACAAGUGGCUAUGGCCACCGUAACAGCUCUCCACCGUACUGUUCCUGCAGCUGUUCCUGGCAUCUGCUUUUUGUCUGGUGGCAUGAGUGAAGAGGAUGCCACUCUCAACCUCAAUGCUAUCAACCUUUGCCCUCUACCAAAGCCCUGGAAACUAAGUUUCUCUUAUGGACGGGCCCUGCAGGCCAGUGCACUGGCUGCCUGGGGUGGCAAGGCUGCAAACAAGGAGGCAACCCAGGAGGCUUUUAUGAAGCGGGCCGUGGCUAACUGCCAGGCGGCCAAAGGACAGUACGUUCACACGGGUUCUUCUGGGGCUGCUUCCACCCAGUCGCUCUUCACAGCCUGCUAUACCUACUAGGGUCCAGUGCCUGCCAGCCUAGCUCCAGUGCUUCUAGUAGGAGGGCUGAAAGGGAGCAACUUUUCCUCCAAUCCUAGAAAUUCGACACAAUUAGAUUUGAACUGCUGGAAAUACAACACAUGUUAAAUCUUAAGUACAAGGGGGAAAAAAUAAAUCAGUUAUUGAAACAUAAAAAUGAAUACCAAGGACCUGAUCAAAUUUCACACAGCAGUUUCCUUGCAACACUUUCAGCUCCCCGUGCUCCAGAAUACCCACCCAAGAAAAUAAUAGGCUUUAAAACAAUAUCAGCUCCUCAUCCAAAGAACAACUGCUGAUUGAAACACCUCAUUAGCUGAGUGUAGAGAAGUGCAUCUUAUGAAACAGUCUUAGCAGUGGUAGGUUGGGAAGGAGGUAGCUGCAAUCAAAAAAGAAAUACAUAUUCUAUAAACCUUUGGCUGCUAUCAGGUUUCACUUUUCUGCUCUUGUUGUCCAAAGACUCAGUGUAUUUCAUUACUUUUGACUCUACUAGACAUGACUGGGUUUCAACAGUAAAGGUCUUCAACUCUGGCUAUUCAUUGGAAUCAAGCCACAAAAUUUUAAAAACUGAGAGGCUCAGGCCACACCCCAGCUCAAUUAAAUCAGAAACCCUAGACCUGGGAUCCUCUAACUAUUAGAUUUCUUAAAGCUCCCUCAAUGAUUCCAAUGUACAGUCAAGUUUGAGAACUACCAAUCUAAAUUUCAAGUUUGAGGGUGUUUGAAAAUUAAAGCCAUUCACAAUAUGAAGCCAGCUAAAAAUGUAGAAUGAUUUUGAGCAACUUGUGGAGUAUAAUAAGAGAAUUAAUGUGACUUCAAUGCUUGGAGCAUUCUUCUUCAAGUGGCCCAGGUUUGGUGAAACAGGACUACCUUGUCAUCUGCACGUCCAGGCACAUUUCGUAGUUUUGCAGUAAAUAAUAUUCACAUAAUGAUACUGUAUUGACUUUCAAUUUUCAGAAUUAACCUAUAGUUACAGCACUUAAGACAACCAGAGUUACAAAAGAGAAUUUAAAUAUUAUAACUUUGGACAAUAUAAAAGUGAUGAUUUAACUGACAGAAGCUGGGAAAUAUAAGGGGGAGGAGAAGUGGAGGAAAGCAAAGAGAGUCAGGAAUACUACUUAAAACUGAUGGGUUAAGAAAUAGUGCUUUAAUUCUAUUUAAGUAAUAAAAGAAAUGGAUGUAAAUCAUAAAAAUAUAUAUCUAAAAUUAAAAUAUUGAUGGUAGUAUGCUAAAUUUCUUACCUGGAAUAAUACAAAGACAAAUGGUAUUGUGUAGAUUUACAAAUGAAGAAACAGAGGCUUAACAUAUUAUUUAGAGGAAUAAGACAGAAUUAGCCAAAGGGGCUUACUCUAAGACCUGGGAGAAAGACCUGGGAGUCGGGGCACAGGAAAGAUGACAUUUCCUUAUUACCUGCCCUCUACAGUAUUUGAAUGUUUAUUUCCAUGUACUUGUCAUUACUUUUCUAAAAACUACAUUCAUACAAGCAACUCAAGCCUAUAUUGGAGAUCUAUUAAGCCCACGGUUUUCAUUUUACAGAUGAUAAAACCAAGUCCAGAGAAGUAAAAUUACUUACUGAGGGUCACACAUUUAUGGCAGAGCUGAGAGAUUAAAAUUCAGGUCUUCUGAACUCAGGUCUCUCGCCCAAAAAAUGGAUACACAGCCAGAGAUCUUACAGGGCAAGGUGACAGGCUGUGUUCAGUAUCUCUGCCACCCGUGGUGUAGGUCUUGUACAUUUCUCCUUGUACAUUUCAGUCAAUCGUCAAGCACUUCAUCUCCUACUAUGUGCCAAGCUGUCCUAAAAGCAGGUAGGUAACACGUUGUGAGACAAAGCUUUUCUGCCAGAUAGUUUUUAUCCAGAUCUUACUCAGCAUCGCUGAAUUCUUUAGAUAUUUUAAGAGGUAUCUAAAGAAACCUCUUAGAUUCUUAUCAGUUAACCAUGAAUUUAUAAUCAAGGAUGAGUUACUUAUAUAUUUUGGUCAAGGCUGAAUUACAUUUUACUGGGAAUGAGGAUUUAUAUAAUGCAUUUUCCUGGCUGUCAUCUGAUAUAUUUUCCCUAUUAAAGGACUACUGUUGUCUUUGAAAUCUUAA